AUGUUGCAAGAUGAUUAUAUAGUCUGGUCAGAAAUUGCAGGGUUCAUAUCAAUAGCUUGUUGGAUGGUAGUGGCAUUACCACAGCUUUAUGAAAACUAUAAACGAAAGUCAGGUGACUCAGUGUCACUACCUUUCGUCUAUAUAUGGUUACUUGGCGACUUUUUUAACUUGCUCGGUGCUAUUUUACAAAAGUUAUUACUAACAGUGAUUCUAAUUGCGAUAUAUCAUAACGCAAUCGAUUUUUCAAUCAUAUUACAAAUUUAUUAUUAUCGUAUUCGUAGAAAGUAUAAAAAUUAUGACUCAGACGAAGAAGUAUCUCUUUUGCAACCAGUUCGCACUAAUCCACAAACAUCAGUAUAUCGAUCAAGCACCAAACAAUUCUUAGAAAUUUUGAUAGAACUUGUUGGUGUCUGUGUUGCUGGAUUUAUUAUGUAUUAUAUCUCUACUCUAUUUAGGGAUAGUGAAAAGGAUGGACAAGGUGAUCAGCAACAUAUGGAAUUAUUACCACAGAUUUUUGGAUGGUGUAGCGCUAUGCUUUAUCUUGGUGCAAGAAUUCCUCAAAUUAUUCAAAACCAUAAGUCACAAUCUACUGAAGGAUUAUCACUGGCUAUGUUCUGUUUUUGUGUUUUGGGAAACGUUACAUUCUGUUCGUCAAUAUUACUUUACUCGAUGGAGUUUAACUACUUACUCAUUAAUCUUCCUUGGCUGUUGGGAAAUGGUGGAACUUUAUUGUUUGACUUUAUUCUAUGUUUGCAUAACUAUGGUCCUGUUAACCCGAAUAGU